UCCCUGUCGUGUCGAAGGCAUGACUAGCUUCCCUAGAAUGUUGGCCCGAUGCAUGCUGUUUGCAGCUGCCAUGGCCGCAUCAUUCGAUGAUCCCCUAGCCCAAUGGCUGGACAGCCUGAAAUUCUCGCUGCAGGAUGUAACGCAGGAGAAAGCGGGCAUCACAUUCAAAGUCUCCAACUUGGUGUGUCAGAAUCUCCAGCUUUCAGACAUCAAGUCAGCAGUUGAGGACGUGGGGAUGUCCAUCACGCUGGAGGGCAUCGGGAUUGUCUGCAAUGGACACUUUGAUUAUCACGGCUUGGCCAUUGUCAGCGGCUCUGGUGAUCUUCAAGCUGUGGUGAAAAGCAGCCCAAGCUCCACUGCCACUGUGGCACUGCAUGGAACCAACAUGGCUCAGAACUUGCCCUGGGCUGUUGAGGCUACAUCUUGCGAUGCCAAUUUGGACUUGAAGCUCACCCUCUCUGGCUCCAUCAUCUACGAUGUCAUCAACAUCUUCAAGACGCCUGUGUCAGCUUUGAUCAAGCAUCAGGCCAUCGCACAAGCCUGCACGCAGCUGAAGACCAUGGCAGCUGGACAGCUUUCCCAGAAGCUUGCUGACUUCAACCGUCUGAUGUUGCCAUCGGAUGAUGGUGAGUUGUUGCUGAAAUCUACCGGGUUAGCUGCCAAGCCGGAGGCUGGAGCUCCGUGGUUCCACGUGGACAUGGAGAGCUUUGAAGAUUUCGUGGAGGACGUCGCCAACGGCGACCACGGUGACCGCCCAAAAGCCGAAGAAAACGACGCCGGAUCGCAGGGAAACCUGUUCCUGGCGGAGCGACGCCUGAAGGCAGUCAGUAAGGAUGGCACCGUGGAUUGGACCCAUGACGAAACUUUGAAAUGGAUCUCUUGGUUGGUGGAUGAUGUCAUUGGACCCGAGCGUUUGGAUCAGGCUGUGAGUUGGGCAGUGAAGGGCAAUGAGACCGUGAUCAUCCCUGGACCUGCCAAUCCCCUGAUGACAACCACUGUGAAGCAGCCUGACGCAGGCCUCGAGUUGAGGGUGACCGCCUUUCUGAAGUCCGCCAGCAUUGAAGGCGCAGAUGGGAUGUCUGACUUCUCUCCGGUUGCGGCAGUAGGGCCCAACGACCUGCGUUUCAAGGUCAGCUGGGGCACUGCAAAACGUCCAGCCUUCGGUUUGGGUGUGGACGUCAAGGUUCAGGUGGAGGCUGUGGACUUGUCGAGCGGGAAGUCCCAAGCCGCCAUGGAGCAAGAGAUGAGUCUGCACUUGGCAGUGCUUUCGCCGUCCUUGGAAGUCCAGGGAGAAGUGCAAGUCUUGGCCAGGGAAUGGCCAGGAACCCGAAGCCUUGCACAGCUGAUGGUGGCACCCAAGCAAUGUCUCACCAGCAUGUUGAAGCAAGCUCCACUGCUCAAGUCUGUGCAGAUGAAGUUCCAGCAACUGGCCGCUCCGUUGAGCUUUGUCACCCGCACCCAGGGUGCCUUGGAGAAUGCCUUGGCCAACUUGCUGAACAACGGCGUAGGGCUCUUCAAUCAGGUCUAUCAGCCUCUGCUGCCGGGAGCCAUUCAGCGUUUCGCUGGCUCCCAGAAGCUGAUCCAGACGGUGAACAACCAGUUGUCGCAGCAGAUGAAACCGCAGACAUGCAUCGAUCCUGCCUUGGCAUCACAGCAGGUGAGAAAUGUCUUCCCUCAGUACUAUGGAGAUUGGCCUCCAGUCUUUGGAAACUGGGCGCGACAGUUGAUCGACAACUUCUUCGAUGGAUUCAUUGCCAGCAACACCAGUGUGCUCGAGGACUUCGGUGCCAUGCCCAAGGUGCCCCUGCCGCUGGAUGGCAAGGUCGCACUACGCCAGCUGAUCGCCACAGGGCUCGACCAGGUCAGCCAACUCCGCGUGGCGCUCCCUACUGCUGAUCAUCCAAGCUGGUUGGAAAACAAAGCCGUCGCCAAGUGCCCAACAGAUCAGGCCCCGUGGCGUCCCACCUUCGCUGUGAACGGCUCCCUUGUGGCCGGAAACUUCGGGGGUGACGGCCUGGUGAGUUUGGAGAUGCCCUGCGGCACAUUGGAUGCGGAGGUGGAUGUGGUGGUGGAUUUCUGGCACCUGAUGGACCUGCAAAUUCCGCCUACUAUGACCUGCGCGAUGAUGUCUCCUUUGGCCAAGCUGGACAUCAAGAAGGUGAACGCCACCUGGGGUGGCAGCGGCCGCGUGAAGGUGCAACCUAAGGAUGGGCCUGCACAAUAUCCCGUGGACCAGAUGUGCACUUUGCAUCCGGAUGCCUGCAAGUUGGCGGAUGAGAUGAGAGAAUUUGUUUCCAGCACAGAGGGAGCCACACGUCUCUACCACAUGGCCCGUGACAAAGUGCUUAGCAAGUGCACCAGCCCACAGCUUUCAGCAGAACAGGAGGAGGGUCUGCAAAAAGACCAGCUGGGCUACACUUAUGUGGAACCAGAUGACUACAAGGUGUGGUUGGGCAGCGCUGUGGUGAUCCUUGCGUUGGCCGCGACUUACACCUUUGCUGCCACACUGGGUCGGCUGGUGAAACCUGACACCUGUGAGUCUGCUGACUUGUCGCCAACCUCCAGCCUGCCGCUGGCCACAAUCUGCUGGUAUGGCACGCCGGCCUCCCGUUCAGUCGGAGGUAUCCCAAAGAUUAGCACCUUCGUCGCCAGUACCUUGAUGGCUGCAGGACUCGUUGCACGAAUCUUGGCCUGCUUCUGGUUGCCCUUCGCAUCUGCCGGGGUCAGCCUUGAGCAAAAGACAGGUGGAACCAUCUUCAAAGAUGAGACCCUGCUGCAGUACACCUUCUUCGGCAUCGGCGAGCAGUUCUACUUGGGUGGAUCUCUCUAUUGCCAGAUCUUGUGGUUCUUCAUGUCGCUGGUCUCUGCCUUGACUUGUCACGCCAUUCUGCUGCUGGUCUGGCUGACUCCCUUCCUGGCUUCGCACCGCCGGAAGUUGUUGAUGGCCGCUUUGGUCCUAGGCCGCUUCGCGCUCUCCGAGGCUGAGACGACCGGCAACACUGCCAUGGUUUUGGGCAACGCUGUGCCGAUGCCUCUGGGUAUGGUGCAGAAGAUGUCCUUGGGCCUGGAGGCUGGCGCCUAUACGUCCUGGUUCGCCACCGCGUGCACAGUGUUCGCCAAUUUGUUGCUCCUGAAGAUCCUGCCGAGGCCAGUGGCACCCAAGGAGUGGGCGUCCGGCGAAGCACCUCGCUUCAUCACCAUCGUACAGGCAGUGAACAGUGUGAUGAUGGUGGCUGGCAUUUGUGUUUGGUAUUUCUGUGACUUCAUGCAUGCUGAGACUGGUGGCAUUGCUGGUGCUUUGAUUCCUCCAGCCAACUACAGCGGAAGCGGCCUGGGAAAGAGCGACUUGGGUUUGCACAUCUUCAUCAUCCUUACAGCAGGCGUUUGCCCAUUGAUGCACAUUGUUGCCUUUGUGCUGGGAUGGACUGGCAAAGCUCCAAAAGUGGCACGAGGCUUGGCCGCUGUGGCCACGUCCUUCUGUCUCUUGGACUUGUUCACCAUUGGCUACCUCGCAACAUUCCUGGAGGGAGUGAACGGUUUUGCCAGCUCAGCAGUCCAUGACUUCGCCAAGCCCCUUUGCGAGUUGUCCCAAGAAGCGCUGGGAAAGGACUGCCUCACCAUGACAGCUUCGGUGGUUCCGUUGGGCACUGUUGGUCUCUUAGUGGCUACAGCCGCCUGGAGUGCAUUGGCGGCUGUUCAGGUCCUUGGUUUCGGCCAGAAACGCAUGGCAGGAGAAGUGACCCCAUUGCAAGCGGAGCUCCGAGCUGCUGAACCUCCAUCCUUCCAGGAGUGUGACGCACGAGCUUAGCUUCAGCACAUUUCAGCACCAUAUUUGGUGGUGGUCUGAUUGCCACCCUGAAAAAUGCUGGGAAAAUGAUGGAAAAUGGAUGAAACCGGUGAAAACCGUCCAAUGAAGGUCUGACAAACAAAGAGCUUUUCAGCCCUUGCUACCCCAGAGGAUGUUCUCAGUGACACCCUUUGGCAGAGCAAGUUUGCUUUCACACUUAAGUUAACGCGACCGCGCGUCAACCCUUGCAGAGCUCAGCAAGAUGCAAGCGCAAGCACGUUCUGUGCAUUUCUGCGCCUUUUUGUGCUUUGGAACUGGGAAGGCUAUAUUGAAAUCAUUAGAAUACCGAGGCAACUCUGUUU